AUGUCGCUGGAGCAUGAGCGUGUGCAAUCAGUGCCAAAGGUCGGCCUCAAGGUGCGAGCCGAGAACUCAGAUUCUGAGCCUGGAGACGGCGACGGCGUGACAGGGAGCAGCCUCGUGGCCCGCGCCCGAUCGGAUGAGGGCGACCAGCGCUUUUCCCAUGCUGAUCUGCUGGAGCCAAUUGAGAAGGAGUCAUACUACCCUUCCGGAGAGCGGAAGCGAUGCCACUCGGCGUGUGUGGGGUGCAUGAAGAGGCGAGUCCGCUGCGUCAUGCUCAAGUGCGGCGCAUGUUCCAACUGCGUGGACCGUGGGAUUCCCUGCAUCCCGCGCGUGGGCCGCAAACGUGGGCCGCCGGCUCUGGAGGAGCGAAUGGAUCGCGCCAUCUCCUUUGCCAUGGCAACGCAGUACUCUGCGCAACUGGCGGGAGCGGCCCAACCGUAUGGGGCCGCCAUGCACUCGCCGCACCUAUCAGGGGGGCAGGCGGCCUACGCCGCCGCCGUUCCGCUGAAUCCACACGGGCGGCCGGUGCCGAUUCAGCCCCAGAUGAGUCCGCAGAUGAUGAGCAACUCUACCAGCGAUAUGCGCAGAUGCAAGCACAAGGGCAAACGCCGCUGA